AUGACGCAUUGUACAUCUUGGGAUAUUAGGAAGAUUUGUGGAUAUAAGAAUGUAGGCUGGACAAUGCAACAGUCUGUAGGGAGCUCAGGUGGUAUGCUUAUUCUUUGGGAUAAAGACAUGGUAACUAUAACCGACUCUCUUGUUGCGGAGUAUACAAUCUCUGUACUUUGCACAAAUAAAUCAGACAAUUUCCAGUGGGUUCUUACAAGUGUUUAUGGUCCUACCAAUUCUGUGGACAGAAGUGAUUUUUGGAUUGAGCUUGAUACAGUUUGUAGAUAUUGGCCGGAUCUCCCAUGGUGUAUUGGUGGUGAUUUUAAUACAAUUACCAAGUGUUCUGCGAAAAAGAAUUGUGCGAGGAUCACAAGAAGUAUGAAGAAGUUAAAUAAGUUCAUAGUGGAACAUGACCUUAUUGAUUUACCUCUCAAGGGUGCAAGAUACACUUGGUCAAAUGGACAAACAAAUCCAGUUAUGUGUAGACUGGACAGAUUCCUCAUUUCCCCAUCCUUUGAGCAACAAUACCCUUUUGUCACCCAAUUAGCCAAAGCAAGACCAACCUCAGAUCAUAUCCCAAUCCUUUUAGAUAUUUCCGACCCUUCUUGGGGACCUAGUCCUUUUAGGUUUGAGAACAUGUGGUUCAUGGAGAAUGGAUUCCUAAAAUUACUCGAAGAUUGGUGGCUUUCUUUUUGUUUUGCAGCAAGGCGUAGAUACAACAGAAUCAGACAAUUGUACAUCGGGAAUGAGUUGGUGACUGAUAGAGGAAGGUUACAAGAUCAUAUAGUGGAUUAUUACAAAACACUAUUUUCUGAGGAAGAAGUCAUUCGACCCAAUUUAGAUGGAAUUCUGUUUGAUUCCAUUUCUGACGCAGAUGCCACCAUGUUAGAGGAGGAUUUCACAAGGAGGAGGUUAUGCAUGCAAUUAGAGAUUUGGGGAAUGACAAAGCUCCAGGUCCGGAUGGUUUUCCUAUUCUUUUCUUUCAAAAAUGCUGGUAUUUCAUCAAGGAUGAUAUCAUGGGUACGGUGUAUGAAUUCUGCAAUACAGAUUAUUGCUAAGGUUUUAGCUAAUAGGCUGAAGUUUGUUAUGGAUAAAUUGAUUUCUCCUGUCCAAUGUGCUUAUAUUGAAGGCAGACAGAUUAUUGAUGGCACUCUUAUUGCUAAUGAAUUAGUGGAUUCAAGAAUAAGGUCUAAAGAUCCGGGUAUUGUGUGUAAAAUUGAUCUUGAAAAGGCGUUUGAUAGAGUUAACUGGAGAUAUUUAGAGUUUGUUCUUGUUCAGAUGGGUUUUGGCAGGAAAUGGUGCAAUUGGCUAAGAUUUUCUUAUUCAUCUGCUUCUUUUUCGGUUCUUAUUAAUGGGUCUUCCUUUGGAUAUUUCACGAGUUCAAGAGGUGUUAGACAGGGUUGUCCAAUUUCUCCUCUUUUAUUUAUCAUUGCAAUGGAAGGUUUUUCAAGGUUUAUGGAUAGGGCAUCUAGUCAAGGUCUCUUCAGCGGUUUCUCAGUUUCGUCAUCCAGUAUUGUGGUAAAUCAUCUUCAUUAUGCGGAUGACACAAUCUUCUUUUUGGAUAAUAAAAGAGAAGAGCUACAUAACUUGUUUUCUGUUUUACAAUGUUUCGAAUUCAUAGCAGGCCUCAAGAUAAACAAUUUGAAAACACGUCUUAUUGCUGUUGGAGCAGUCCAUAACUUACCAAUGUGGGCAGAAGAACUUGGUUGUUCAGUUGACGUCCUUCCUUUUAUGUAUUUGGGAAUGCCUCUUGGAGCGAAAUGUGGUUCUAUAAGAAUUUGGGAUCCAAUAAUUGAGAAGUUUGAUGCUAGACUUUCAGUCUGGAGGCGGAUUUCUUUAUCGAAGGGGGGGAAAUUAGCUCUCUUGAAGUGUAUUCUUUCUUCUCUGCCAACCUACUAUUUUUCUCUUUUCAAAGCCCCGGUCUCAGUUAUUAAGCUUCUUGAAAAGAAAAUGCGGAAUUUUUUAUGGGAAUUUAAAGAAGGUGCAAAAUUAUCUCACUUAGUUAACUGGGAUAUAGUUUGUGCGAAAAAGGAAAGAGGUGGUCUGGGUGUCUGCAAUCUUAAGCUUAUGAAUACUGCUAUGUUAGCUAAAUGGUGUUGGAGAUUUGGUGUGGAAAAGAACAAGCUUUGGUACAAGAUUAUAGCAGAUAAGUAUGGUACUGAUUAUUCCUAUUGGUUACCGGGUAAGGUUAAUCUCUCUUAUGGGGUGUCUUGUUGGCGAGCUAUAGCCGAUUGUGCUUGCUACAUUAGUGAGAAUUCGACUAUUUUCCUACAUUCAGGUACAAAUAUUUCCUUCUGGAAUGAUUGUUGGAGAGGGCAGCAACCUUUAUCAUGUGUUUGUCCUAAUCUUUUUAAGUUGAUCAGGAACAAGAAUGCUAACGUUGCAGAUAUGAUUUCCAUUGAGGGAAACUGGAAGUUUGACUUCAGGAGAGUUCUUUCAAAUUUUGAAUCUCAAGAGUAUGCUGCUUUACUUACCAUCAUUGGUGACAAUCCACCUAUCCGUGAUGGUCUAUCAGACACUCGUAGGUGGAAGAUUCAUCCCUCUGGAAUUUUUACUAUCAAAUCGUUGUAUUCACAGUUGGUGGCGACUCACGGAAUACCAAACUUCCCUUCUCAUUUCACCUGGCAACAUGAAAUUCCUCCAAAAAUUUGCUUUCUGAUGUGGAGCCUGAUUCAUGGUAAGUUGAACACGAUCGAUAGGCUUCAACAAAAAGGUAUGAAUAUUGAUAACAAUUGUGCUUUAUGUGGAGGAGGAGAGGAAUCUCAGGACCAUAUUUUCUUACAUUGUAAAGUGGCUUAUAAGAUUUGGUGUAGCAUAAUACCAAAUACAGGUUGGUGUUGGGUUGUUCCAGGUUCUAUGAAAACUCUGGCGGAGAUUUGGUUUACUCUCUUUUCUGGUAACUUUGUUUGGAAAUUUAUUCCUUCUGCAAUCAUCAAUUCGAUUUGGAGGGAAAGGAAUUGUAGAAGAUUUGAAGAAAACUAUAUUUACAAAAUAGAUGAUGACCUUAUCUAUGAAACAAAAACUUCUAUCCUAUUAUGGGCAGUGGCUGCGGGGCGCAGAGUUCAUUUGAACUUCUCAUAUACCGUGUCUUCUAAUUGGCAAGCUCUAUUUCUGUAA